AUGUCCUCAACUCCUCAUCCCACUCCACCCCACGCUCCGAUAUUUCAGUUGUCAGUUCUGAAAUACAUGGAUAAAUUGUUCGAGUCGAUUUUUAGCAGUGUGGUGCAGUCACAAAGUCUCCCGUCACCCAUCAAGUACCUGUUCGACUUUUUGGACUCUCGUGCAGUCGGAUUGGGGGUUCAAGAUCCGAAAAUUGUGCAUUCCUGGAAAUCGAAUUGUCCAUUCUGUGUGUUCUGUAUCUUGUUUCCUCCCGUCCGUCUAUCAAUCAGUUUGCAAAUGCGAUUCUGGAAUCAGCUGAUCACCAAUCUGGAUUACAUUUUCGACAUUCCACUGGUCCGAAACACCGCAUUCGAACGCUCGUUUCAUGCGUUCAGUCAGGCCAUGACAUACGCAUGCGCGCCGACCCGCGAGAAAGUGACUAGCGAGUCCAGUUGCGUGAAAGUUCUGUUUGCCCAAGACAUACAGAAUCAAUGGACCAGAGUGCAAAACUACUAUCGUGAGAUCAAAGCCAUGCCCGAAGUAACAACGGAAGAUAUGCAUCAGUUGUUGGAGCAGCAUUCGAUGCAUCACACGAACGAGUUCAACGUGUCAUGGGCGGUUUUCGAGUUAUACACAAAAUAUGUGGAACCGUGUCAUGAUGCGAUCGUCACUCAGCUACAACAAGAAGCUCUGAAACAAGCCUAUACUUUCAAAUCGGAUCAGACUGUGUUCAGCGCAGACCCCGAUUGCCCACACGAUGGACUUGGUCGACCUCUGUGGAAUCCACUCCAAGUGAUCGACACGCUGAAUGAUGUGAAAAAGUGUAUGGAUCAAGCUCAGUCACGCAGCUGGUUCAGUCGUGACAGUCCGAGUACGGUAACCUCUAGCACGGCAAACGGAAUCCCUCCAUGCUCCUCACCCCGACUCGUGUCACGAAUGCCAACCACACUGGCACAUCGCGCUCAUCCACUGCACUCCGCGGCCGCGACGACGAGUGCCCAUCUACUCCCCGGCUCUCUCUGUUCCGCCUACGGGGGACACACCCAUCCGGGCAUGAUGAUGAUGAUGAUGAAUAUGAAUAACUUUAACGGUGGUGGCGGCAGCGGUGCACCCGGUUUGGGUACUACUACUACUGCUCCGCAAUCCUCUGCAUUGACCAAUACUGAGUACCCGGAUACACUUCGAUCGUUCAAUACACUAACAACAGAGUUUGCGGCUGAUGAAGCAAGUCGUGAUACACACAAACAACCUCAUCCGGUAGCAAUGAUGCAACCCUAUCAUCAUCUUCAUCAUCAUCAUUGUUAUCAGGUGUACGAGUCCCACGGAACACUAACAGACGCGACAAGUUUUGUCCAUCCAUCUUCGGGGAUUGAGUGUUCUGCUGCUCUGCUGCCCUCAUCCACGCCUGUCAUGAGUUCCGACCCCGGGGGUGAAAUGAAUCGACCCCAAGACGCUCCAGUUGGAACACAUUGUCUCACCAAGCCUGUUCACAUACCACCCCCUAACUAA